AAAAAAAAUAUAAUCCCCAAAUCUCUUUCUCUCUCCCUCCAUAACCGAUCGUCUCUUUUCUCCCUUUCUCUUUCAUUUUCUCUUUGCCAACCCCGAACGGAUACCCACCGAUUGUCACCGCCAUUCAAGCACCGGACUAGGAAGACCUUGAUUCUCCAUCCACGAUGAACAGAGAGCCUCCCCACCACGAUGAACGGACCCUUGUUUCCUGGUCAUCUCAAAGUUGAUUUUGGUGAUUUGGUAGCCCUUGAAAAAGCUUUUAAAGAAAAUGGAGAUCGAAUAGCUGGAUUUUUAUUCGAACCCAUCCAAGGAGAAGCUGGGGUUGUUAUUCCCCAUGAUGGUUAUUUAAAAUCUGUAAGAGAUCUUUGCUCAAAAUACAAUAUUUUAAUGAUUGCUGAUGAAAUCCAAUCUAGCUUAGCUAGAUCGGGAAAAUUGAUGGCUUGUGAUUGGGAAGAAGUUCGCCCAGAUGUAGUGAUAUUAGGGAAAGCCUUGGGUGGUGGAGUGAUCCCUGUAAGUGCAGUUCUUGCAGAAAAAGAUGUGAUGCUCUGUAUCCGACCUGGAGAGCAUGGAAGGGCUGAGGCAACUAAAGAUGAUAGAUUUGGAGAUUUAAGUAGGUCACAAUAUGGUCUUGUUGACCUUGCAGCUGCUUUAUUCUAUCGGGCUUGUGUUAACAGAGAUAAGCCAUCAUCAUCUGAGAAGCGGGUGAAGAGAGAGCAUGCUGAUGCAUGUUUAAGAGAAGAGCUCAAAAAAGGAAAGUGGCUAUGGAAUGCUGCAUUUUGUUGUCUCACUCACAACUACAAAAGGCGCAUGAGUAAAAUUCUCUUCAUCUACUGGUUUGAGGGUAUCAUUGUAAGCUUUGAAAGAUUAUUAGAGUGGGGUUGGGAAAAAAUCAUCAUCACACUAGACACCACUGCGGAUUCUGCAAGUGCAUCUAGCUCGAUGGCUUCAACUGGACACAAACCUAAAUCUCUUGAUGAGGAAGAAGAUCCUGGGAUUGAGCAUAUAAGCAAUGAAGGAACAGAUGCACAAGAUGUGGAUAAAAGUACAACACCAUCAUCUACCACUUUACCUACUACUGAUGAUGGGAUUGAGGAAAAUAAAUUGAAGAGGAAGUCAAAACCUUCAUCAUGGGUGUGGGAGCACUUUACUAAGGUCAGCUUUGUACUUCAUUUCAUGCUACUUCACAAGGAAAUGCUCCCAAGGGGAUUCCCGAGACAUUUUGCAUCUUAGAAAAGGCCUCCUGAAAGCAGUUUUGGGUCAUCUUGAGUGGUAGGUCUGUUUCUUGUUUUGUUAUGCCCGGGAUGGUUUUGAAGGGGUUGAGACACACACACAAUAAUUUUUGUUUAUACAUAACUAGAGAAAUAUAUAAUAAGCAGUACUUUCCAAAAGAAAAUAAAAAUAUUAUUAUAAGUCUCUUAAAUCCAGCAAUGUAAAGAUUAGAUGAAACACUGAGUUCCAUUAAUAAAGAAAUUGAAAAAGCUCAAUUUCUGUCCAAAGCUAUCUUCAAAGACAUUUUUUUGAUGCCAGCUUAUCAUACUGUUAAGUACCUGGCACAGGGCCAGAUUUUUGUCCCAAAUUGUGCGCAUCUCUUGGUGUCAGCAUGACUCAAAUUUCUGGUCUAUUUUCUUUUACUAUGAGAAAAGUAUUGUUCUCAUCACUAUAGUUUUGAAUACAUUCUAAUUUUUUUUAAUGUAUUAUAUAUUAUUUAUUUGGAAAUUAUUGAUGAUGUGUGAUUAUGUGGAUGUGAUAUUUGAUGCGAUCCUGGCCUUCUAGAUUUGUUUAACAAUGCGGAACUGCCGAUGAAAUUAAAGCUUUAGCACAGACUUUGUCAUUCUGAAGUGUUGGCGUUGCUUGGGGCUAAUUAUUUGCUGAGUGUUUUUAAUGAUAAUGGUAGAUUGCUAGGGAAUGUUCCAGUUUUGGCUGUUUAAUUGGGGCUUUUUUUCCAAAAGAUUCUUUGAAGUUUUGGAUUGGUUUUAUGGGUGAAUGAUAUUGAGGGAAUGCUUUUCUUUAUUUAUAGUUUGUGAUUGUUUCUUUGGAGGACUUUUGGUUCUCCUCUUCCUUUAUGAUUUUUUCUUAUAAUUAAUUGCAUUUUUUCUUCUUUAAAAUGGGUAAACAAGAAAAGUGGAACAUUGAACAACUCUUCUAUCAAUUUAAAAAAAGAAUGGGAUUAAUACUCUUUUAUCGCUCAUCUAUUGUGGCUUUACUGGUUGAUCGAGUAGAUAAUAAUAGACUAACAAGGAGUAGAUAUUGGAUGUACUUGCGAAUAUUGAUCAGGUUUCCUCUGUUAAGGUACUGGGGUUUUGUAUCAUUUAGUACUUUCUGUACUAGAUUUCAACCGUAUUUACUUUAUUUCAAUUUUCUUUUUGUAAAUAUUGCAAGGUUUGUUCAUUUCCAAAUGAUCGAAGCGUGCAUAUUCCUCGCUUGUUGAGGGACUCACUGCUUCUUGAAAUGGAUAACUUUGCUCUUGGAUAUCUAGUAGACAAGUGUUGACGCGGUUCUUCGGCAACAGAUAAUUAAGAGAAGAAGAGAAAGAGAUUAGUACUAAAAGUAGAACCGUCACAGAUAGGAAAUCUUUUGGGAAAGAACUAGGUGACUCAAGACACGUUUUUAAGUGGUUCGAAGGUUAAAAUCCUUCUAAUCCACUAGUCAAUAUUAUUGAUAUUCUCUGGGUAUUUGGUUUACAAAGUAUAUAGUUCUUCAAAGACUAUUUUUUCCAACCCCUAUCAACUCCCAGGGUCUCCAUAUUUAUAGGAGAAGGCACCUGGAAGUUGGUAGGGAGGUCAUCCCGUGACCUUACCAUUUGUCAUAUCAAAUUUGUGAUAUUCAUGAUUAAUUCCUAAACCUGACACACAAGUGUGGUCUAAUCAGUAUGGAAGGAGAUAAUGGGCCGCACGGCCCAACCCGUCCGUGGGUGUCUGAAUACGCACGUUCCUGCUGCGUGUCCGAGAAGUCAGGGGGAUAUCGGACACGUGAUGGCAGGAAUAUGCACGUUUAUCUUGCGUGUUGAAUUCCCAUAGGGUCGGAGCUUCCUGAGAAGCUCGCGACCGGAGCAGUUCAUAACCCGAGCUUAUCUGUUCGUGGCCGUCGGAUGUCAUUCCCAGCUCCUGGGGCAACAAGUGCGAGCUGGAAACAGGACCCCCUCGAUCUGACAAGGGCCCGUCCUGGAAAUAGAACCUCCGGCCUGUGGGAGCCUCGGACUAAACCAGGUUUAGUCCGAGGCUCGCCCUGCUAAACAGCCCGUGGGAAAACCAGG